UAGAUGGGAUUAGAGACGGGACUGCGGGGAGCUGCUACACUAUUCACACAACUUCCGAACGAUGCUCUGGAUCCUCGGCUGUAAGAGCACCCAUGGAUAUCGUCGGCACGUUUAACCACUUGAUCCCCAGCGACCAGCUGGAGGACUCGCUGCUCCUGGGCCAGAACCUGGAAUGCGAGGCGGGCGAGGAGUUCGCCUCGGGCCGCGGCCCGGCCGAGGACUCGUUCAAGAACAUGCUCAGCGACAAGGACCCCAUGUUCGGCUCGGCGUGCGGCGCGCAGUACCUCCUGGAGCACGAGGACCAGAACUUCCAGCUCGCCGGAUCGCUAGUAUCGGAACAUGACGUGAACGACGCAGGAUUCGCCCGGAUGGGCGCAGACGGGGACGAGGCGCGAUCCAAGCUCCUCCGGGGAAGGAGGAAAUCCGGCGGGCCGUUCCAGCGCAGACAGACCGCGUCCAGAGGUCGAGCCAGAGGUGGACGGCGCGUCGGCCCUUUCAGAGGAGCCUCCGCCGGACGCAAACCGGCGGAGGAGGAACGCGAGUCGGGAAGUCGGGAGGCCUCGACGAGCCGCCGCUUCGACGCCCGCGAGGUCGAGGCGUCCAUGAACCCCGUGGUGGUGCUGCGGCGCCUGACGGUCACCGUCGGCGGCUUCAGGAUCGAGCUGCUCCCGGGGCCGUGUCACUCCUCCGCGGGGACCUUCGACGCCGAAGCGCUCCGAUCCCCGAGCCUCCACCAGGACGAUCCCGCGACCGCCGACAGCAACGGUCUCGAGCGGGAGGUCGAGCGUCCGGCUCCUCCGGGUGAAGAGCUUAGCGGCGUUCCCGGCGCGCCCAUGGAUUUCGGACCGUGCGUCAAUCCUAACGACGUGCAGCACACCAACGGCGCGGACUCCGAACCCGGCAAGCAGGGCGCCCCCAAACCGCAGGAGAAGACACCCAGACUAGAAAAACACGCCGCGAAGAAGCCCAAACCGGCCACGCCUGCUCCUCAGGCGCCAUCCGUAACCAAAAGCAACCCAGAUUUGGCGCAAAAAGGCUCCAAGCUUCUAAAAGCGCCCGAUAAGAAGCUCCCGAAAGCUGCGCCGGAACACCGAGAGCACGCCAAAGCGGGCUCGAAGAUCCCGGAGUCGCCGGCGAAGCCCAGAAAGCCGUCCUCGGAUUCGGGACAGUCCGACAAGUCCCCCCAGUUACAGAAGAGACCGCAGAGUCACCCGGAGGACGAGCAGGACAGGGGGAGAACCAAGAAACCCGAGAAGAUCGCGCAGAGGCUGAGGAGUCGCAGCGGCCGGAGCGUUUCCGUCGACGAGCCCGAGCUGUUCGUCCCCGAUAACGCCCCCGCACCCAAGAAGGACGCCGAUCCGGCCCACGAGGCCGUCUGGGAUUCGACCAAACAGUGCGGACUGUGCGAGAAACCCCACAGCAACAGGUACGCCCGGUUACUCGUUGACUCCUCGUGUUCUUUCAAGGGGGUCGCCGGUGCCGAAACCACAGCGCGCGCGUGUGUGUGUGUGUGUGUGUGCACUCCCAGGUUCAUGGUGGGCUGCGGGCGCUGCGACGACUGGUUCCACGGCGACUGCGUGGGCCUGGACCUGGCCAAGGUCCAGCAGAUGGAGAAGGACGACCAGGAGUACGUCUGCCUCAAGUGCUGCGCCCACGAGGACAGGAGGCACCGGGACGAACCGGGCGCGACGGCCGGCGGGAUCCGGACCUCUCGGAAGGUGAGCGGGUCUCGCGGCGACCCCGCCGUCACGCUUCACACGGUACAUCUCGAACCGCCGCUAAUCGGUUGUUCUCUGGAUUCGAAGCAGGACUCGGAGGAGAGAAGGGCUUCCACGGACUCGGCGGCGAAACCCGGCUCGAGUGCCAAGAACGACCCGAGGUCGGCUAAAAGCUCGCUCCCGAGCUCCAAGAAACCGUCCACGGGACAGAUCCGGAGGAGCGUCCGCGACUCGCUGGAGGAGAUCCUCCUGAAGAGGCUGAAGGAGUCGGACCUGAAGGUCUCCAAGGAGAAGCCGGCCGAGCUGGCCAAGGCCACCGAGAAGGAGCUCUACGCCCUCUUCCAGGGCGUCGACGGCAAGUACAAGAGCAAGUACCGCAGCCUGACGUUCAACCUGAAGGACGCCAAGAACAACGUGCUGUUCAAGCGCGUCCUGAGGGGCGAGGUCCACCCCCGAGAUCUGGUCCGUAUGAGCGCCGAAGAGCUGGCCUCCAAGGAGCUGGCGGCGUGGCGGCAAAGAGAGAACCGGCACACGAUCGAGAUGAUCGAGAAGGAGCAGCGCGAGGUGGAGCGACGCCCCGUCACCAAGAUCACGCACAAGGGCGAGAUCGAGAUCGAGAACCCGGAGGAGGCGAGGCCGAUCCCCGAAGUCACGACGGAGCCGGUCCCGAAGGUCGCCGAGGCGGCCGAGGAGAGAGCCCCGGAGUCGGAGCCGGAGAGUCCGAGCAAGGUGAAGGACACGACCGGCCUGCACAAGUCUCACCUGUUCGACCUUCACUGCAAGAUCUGCACAGGUCGAAUGGCACCGCCGGUUGAAGAGGCGUCCACUAAGGUAGUGAAGGUGGCCACGACGGUCAUAAGGAGGCAGUCCGCGGCGACGGACGGAGACCAAGCGGCGACGCCCAAAUCCCCUCCCGCGACUCCGUCUGCGCCGGUGGACGACCUGUCCCUGAGGGCCAUGGAAGAAGGACUUCUGAACUUCCCAGCCUAUGAGUCAAGGUUGGAGAGCGUGAGCGCUAAAGAAGACACGGCGGCCUUCCUCGCUAAUUUAGACCCCUCCUGGAGCGGUCACGUAGACAUGCCGGCGGUGGCCCGCUUCCAAACCAGAGCGUACCCGGUGUCCGGGACUAUGGACCACCUUUGCGAGGACCUGCCGGAGACCGCCCAGGUGGGCGGGAGGAUCUCCCCCCAGACCGUCUGGGACUACGUGGAGAAAAUCCGCGCCUCCGGAACGAAGGAGAUCUGCGUCAUCCGCUUCGCCCCGGACACGGAGGAGGACGAGAUCUCGUACACCCUGCUGUACGCCUACUUCAGCAGCCGCAGGCGGUACGGCGUGGUCGCCAACAACCGCAGGCAGGUCAAGGACAUGUACCUCAUCCCUCUGGGGUCCACCGAGAAGAUCCCGCACCAGAUCGUACCGUUCGACGGACCGGGUCUCGAGAGCAACCGUCCGAACCUCCUCCUGGGUCUGAUCAUCCGCCAGCGCCCCAAACGAGACUACGGCGCCCUCCUACCGAGCGUCGCCACCGAACCCCCGAGUUUCCUGAUCGAGAGCAGACCUCCGACAGACCCCGCCCCCAUACCCCCGGUGUCCCGGGACGAUAAGAAAGACCCCGUCGGCGCCCGGGCGGCGAAGGUGCCCGACGCGAGCCCCGCCAAACCCGCGGCCAACGAGCCUCCGCCGGAGACGGACGCGGAGAAGAACGUCUCGCUGCGCUUCCUGCCCGGGGUCCUGACGCAGCCGGCGUCCGCGGGCGACGGGGCGAAGGGCGCGACUUCGACCGCCGACUGCGCCGCCCCCAAGACGCCCACCACCCCCAGACUCGGCGCUUUCAUCAUCAGGAAGAAGGAGCACAGAGGCGUCAGGACGGAGUCGGAGGAGAGGCGGGGCGAGGGCGAGACUCCGCGGGGGGUGGUCUUCUCUCUGAAGGACAAACCAGGAGACGUUUCCACGGAAGCCUUCCUCUCCAGCCUGUCGGCCAAUCGGACAAGCGACCCGGGAACUACGAGCGACUCUGCCGCACGGUCCGAUCAAGGAACCCACCUGAUCGCCGAUCAAGGCGGCAAGGAGGCAGCGCCAGGUUCAGACGCCGCAUCCGUGACCGAUGCCAAAGAGCCGGACACGGCGCCACCUUCGGAGGACCAAUCUUCAGCCACCCAUCCCACAGCUUCUGGAGUGGCAUCGAGCAGCCAGUCUGCAGCCCCAGAAGAAGCAUCAGCUGACCAGUUUGCAGCCUCGGAGACGAUGCCAACCAGCGAAUCUUCUGUCUCUGAGUGGACAUCAAACAUCCAGUUGGCAGCUUCUGAGGCAACGUCAGCCAGAGGGUCUUCAGCGUCCGAGUGGACAGCCACCCAGUUGGCAACCUCAGAGGCAACCUCAGAGGCAACUCUAAAGGCAACGUCAAUCACCCAGUUGGCAUCUCCAAAGGCAACUCGAGAAGCAACCCCAUUGGCAACUCAAGAAGCAACGUCAGCCACCCAGUUGGCAUCUCCAGAGGCAACUCUAAAGGCAACGUCAACCUCCCAGUUGGCAUCUCCAGAGGCAACUCUAAAGGCAACGUCAACCUCCCCAUUGGCAACUCCAGAGGCAACUUUAAAGGCAACGUCAACCUCCCAGUUGGCAUCUCCAGAGGCAACUCUAAAGGCAUCGUCAACCACCCCAUUGGCAACUCCAGAGGCAACUCCAGAGUUCAAAGCCAUUGAAGAUAUCCAGAACAUCACCACUAUUUCCUCCUUGCAGCAGUCAAGGCCACGCCUUCUGUGCCCCAAGACUUACAACACAGCAAGUCACGGUCCUCCACCGUCCGUCUUUCCUCCCUAUCUCCACCCCGGACCGAUACCCACGUACCCGCACCAGCCUAACCCGGUCCCAUUCAUGCCCCUGCAUCAGCAGGCUCCCUUGUCUCCGUUCGGCUACCUACCCGGUCCGCCUCCUCCUCCCAUCAUGUUCCCUCAAAGCAAUCCCCAGAUCCGGAUGCACGGCCCGCCCUGGGUCCCGCCGGUGCCCCCUCGGGCUUGCUUCCCGCAGCCCGUCCCCGAGGCGCCCCCGCCCCCACCGCCCUACGGUGCCUCGAGGUUCCCGGAUUCCGGCGCAAAGUCCUACAAGAAGGAAGAGCGAGAGCACUACGGGAGGCACCGGCACAAGAGCCACCACCACCACGAGCGAGACCGGCACAAGGCCCGGAGCAGGAGCCGGAGCAGGAGCCGCAGCAGGAGUCAGAGCAGGAACAGGCACAAAAGCAAACACGACAGAGAAGAGAGGCACGGCGAGAAGAAGAAGGAGCGACACCACAGCAGCCAUUACAAGGAACGGGAGCGGGACAGGAGCCGGGACAGGGACAAGCACCGGAGAGACUCCAGAGACGGACACUCCUGAUCUCCGCCUCCGUUCGGCCCUCGUUUUAUAGACUGAGUGGAACUUUUAGUAGCUUUUAGUUCCUUUCGCUUCCCGUUUGGUUUUUAAUCAGUUUGCGAUUUGACAGCAGGUCCCGGAAGGUCAAAAAAAAUCUGAGUUUCUUAAUAAAAAAAAUAAAAUAAAAAAAAAGAACAUAUUUUGUAUUUCCGUUGAUUGAGAAUAAAAUCGUCUGUACAUUUUGCUUCCUUUGAUCUUAGAGAUAAGACAUGUGUACAGUUCAUAAGAUCUUUUUAUUGUUGAUUGAGAAACUAAUACUAAUAAAAUAAACCUUUUAUUAAUAAACGUUUCGGAGCGUUAUUACAGACGACGGACACGAUAA